AUGCCACCUCUGCCCAGCUUAAGGAAGUCGCCGCCAACGUGCGGACUAGUCACUAUUUUGUUGAGCUUGGGAGGCAUUGAUGCAUUCGAUUCGCAUGUCACCGCCUCGCAGUCGGAAUCCAUGGAGAGUAUCUCCAGACCCGAAGGGGAGUUGUUGGGGAGUCCUAUCAGGUUACCGUCAGUUAGCAGCGCUGCAAUGGACUUGACGCGCGCUCGCAGCAAACGUCCUGCUCCUAAGUCAUCUGCGGUCACUGGCUGCCUGCCGCGAGAUGCUUCGACAGAGGAUGUCGUAAAGGAUGCUUCACCGCCAAAGAGAAUGUGCUUGGGGUCUUUUCGGGGCCUUCGCAAACAUUUCUUGGACCGGUACCUGAACUGCUCAACUGAGCGAGACGAUAUCCUCACGGCGGAGGAUGUAGCAGGCGCUAGCCCGAUGGAGGUGUACAGGGCGGCAGACAACUCCGAAUUUAGGAGUAUAAUGGAACGGAACUCAGUGGGUCAGCACCCGUCUCAGGAGACGGGUCUCAGUGAGAACAGAUCCCGUGUUCGCGAAAUUGUGCUGUUUCACCCUGAAGAAAAAGAAUGGGAGAUUCACAGUAGAUAUUUGGUAUGGGCAUAUGACGUGUUCCAUCAUGGCUGGCAACAUCUAGUACCAUUCAAAAUAACCGAGUCAAUGUCAGUUUUCGGAUUGGCCGAUGCCGCGUUGAAGUGGGAGGCCGCCCGAGAAGUGAAUCCGGUGUUAGAACGUAAUUUCAUGUUGGAAGCCGGUUCUUAUCGCCGGCCUCCUGAUGUGCCCGUUAUGUGGGGUAGGGUUGUAUUUGCUGAGUGGUUGGCACGGACUGAAUGUGAUCUCAUUGACGUUGGAUUCAGACAGCAAACACAUGAAGGUAGUGAAGGUAUUCCGUUAAGUCAAGUAAAUGCUGCCCUCGACGACGUCCUGGGGAGCUGGCCUGCAGAGAAGCUUUCGAGCACUCGAUUUGCCGCUAACAUGGCCUGUUGGUGGAAACGUUGUCGCGAAAAAUACAAUGGGGGCGUAUCAUUGCGUGAGUUCCAUGGGCUAGUUCUGAAGAAGUUUGGUACCUUACGAGUGCCCUUGGAUCAAGUUGCAAAGGCGAGUCGCAGGAAUAUCCGAAGACAGAAAAUACAAGAGAGAGUGGCAGCAUUGGCCGGAAUAGGCAAUAGUGAUCCUGGACACACGUCGCUCAUCCAAAUCAUCAUGAGUGACUCACCUCCAUCACAUCUAGUCAAUAUUUCGGGAAAUAAGUUUCAGAUUGUCGCGGAGGGAGAGACUGAUUUGCGAAUUCAAUCACGCUACCUGGUUUGGGCAUACGACAUUCUGAAUCAUGACUGGCACGGUGGUGUCCUAACCCCUGUAUUGUCCCCUGAACUAUCCGUUUUCGGAUUAGCUCAGAAGGCUUGUGAAUGGGAAGCUAAUCAUGGACCUGUAUACACUUCCACGGCGAGCUGCUAUAACUGCGGUGAAGGAAAUAAGGCCCACCCUUCCUCGGUCACUUGUGAGAGGUGUGAACAGCCGUGGAGUCCAGAAGAGUUUUGGGAAUGGCUUCGGUCGAGACACUUCCAG